UGGGGAAGCACAUCAGGGAGACGCAAAGCGAGAUCUUUUUUACUCGCAAGGUCGUGUCGUUUCCGCGGACCAUCGGCGUGGAGCUCCCUUAUUCUGGGCCAAGAUGAUGUCCAUGUCUGCUCGCGUCGGGGCUCGUUCCCCGUACUUGCAGGCGACAAAGCAGACAGUUAAGAGCCUGCGGCUCGCGGACCUGCUGCCUUCUGCUGCUCCUGGCGGGAUCCGCUUCGCCCACACAGAUAUCAAGAUCCCUGACUUCACAGACUACCGCCGCCCCGAGGUGACGGACCCCAACAAGUCCUCCCAGGAGAGCAGUGAGGCCAGAAGGUCGUUCUCGUACCUGGUCACUGGCGCGACCACCGUGGUCGGUGUGUACGCAGCGAAGACGGUGGUCACCCAGUUUGUCUCCUCGAUGAGCGCGUCGGCAGAUGUCCUGGCCUUAUCCAAGAUCGAAGUCAAGCUCGGCGACAUCCCCGAGGGCAAAAACAUGACCUUCAAGUGGAGAGGGAAGCCCCUGUUUGUCCGUCACCGCACGGAGAAGGAAAUCGCAACAGAGGAGGCCGUGAACAUCGCGGAGCUUCGGGACCCCCAGCAUGACAGGGAGCGAGUGCUCAACUCCAAAUGGAUCAUCGUCCUCGGCGUGUGCACCCACCUGGGAUGUGUGCCCAUCGCCAACGCCGGAGACUAUGGAGGCUACUACUGCCCGUGCCACGGCUCCCACUACGACUCUUCAGGGAGAAUAAGAAAGGGACCCGCUCCGCUAAAUCUGGAAGUUCCCUUCUAUGAGUUUCCUGACGAGGACACGGUCAUAGUGGGAUAAAUGUGGUCUCGCUUCCUCUCAGUAAUAGGUAUUUUUUGAUGGCUCUCGUUGAGAGAUGAGUGACAUAAAAUGUGUGUAAUUAUUAUUAAAGACAUAUUUCUAACUCUA